ACAAAAAAAAGGGAUUUUUUUAGUCCCCGGUGUGUGUAUAUUCUUAAGUCCACCCUCUUAAGGCUCCAUGGGUUUUUGGCGGCUCUCCUUCCUCCACGCCUUCUUUUCUCUUUCUUUAACUUUCCAACACUAGGGUUUUCCCCCCUCUUUUCUUCUUUUAACUUUCUCUCUCUACCUCCUUUUGGUUUCUCUCUGUAAAUCCCCACCCUUGAUCUCUAUGGUCAUGGCCACUCCUGAUCGUAUCCUUGCUAACUUUACUCCUCUGGAAGUUGCAGAUUCUCUGGAGAAUUUGUCUCUGGAUUCACAAGCCAAGACUACAAAAGUCCCUGAGCCUCUCAAGAAGGAUUUCUACAGUGAUAAUGGCUCUUACGUGUACCCGCAAACUUACGGUUACAUGUCAUAUGCUCCUUAUUCUAUUCUCAGUUCACCUCUUCCUGCUAUGGGACAUGAGGGUCAGCUACAUGCUUUGCAGGAGUACUAUUAUCCAAGUCCGUACUACCAACCCUUUCAGCCUACGAGUCAAGCCAAUGCUUCUCAGGUUGAUGUUUUGAGUUUCAGUCUAGCUGAUCAAGCUUCCUUACCGGUUGAAGCAAACAAAGGAAAUUCAAGCACUAUAAGAAGUGGUGGUUCGGGGUCAUUAAAAUCAACUUUCAAGAGUUCCUCUGUAAAUCCGAAUGCAUUCUAUAAAGGAGGAGGCUUGCCAACAGGUAAUCUAUCUCAAGGUUAUCAGGACCCGAGAUUUAGCUAUGAUGGGAUCCAGUCGCCAAUUCCUUGGUUAGAUAUGUCCAUGUCUCCUAAUGGGCAAUCCGAACAUGCCGCAAAUAGUGGGUUCUCUUCUUAUACAAACAACCUGUCAUCUGACCGGAAUCAGAACCUUCAUGCCUUACCUCAUGUCACGAAUGUGCACAAUGCAAGACCCGCAUCAGGUAUAGGCCAAGCAUUUGGAUACAUGAAUCACAUGUACCCUAACAAUAUGACCUAUGGUUACGGAAACCCCAUUCGAGUUGGUUCUGAUUUUGGAUCAUUCGGUUGUGAUGGCCAGAAGAAAGGACUAGGGUGGUAUAAUGAUGGUAACAACAACAAAUCUAGGUUCCGUGGUUAUGGAAAAGAGAAUAUCGAUGGUUUCAACGAGCUAAACAAAGGACCCAGAGUAAAAGGGUACACAAAUAAGGAUGGUUCUGGAACUGCAACAUUAGGUGUCAAAGAUCAGAACCUUCCACAGGCUAAGAGUAACGAUGAAAACAUUGUUUCUCACGUCCCCGAUAAGGAACAGUACAAUAAAGAAGAUUUUCCCGAGACCUAUUCAGAUGCCAAGUUUUUCGUCAUCAAAUCCUAUAGCGAGGAUGAUGUCCACAAAAGCAUCAAAUACAAUGUGUGGGCCAGCACAUCUAAUGGCAACAAGAGACUCGAUGCUGCAUUCUGUGAGGCCAAGGAGAAGUCUGAUGUCUGUCCUGUAUUUCUACUGUUUUCAGUUAAUACCAGUGGUCAAUUUGUUGGAUUAGCAGAAAUGGCAGGCCCGGUUGACUUUAACAAGACUGUAGAAUACUGGCAACAAGACAAGUGGACUGGUUGCUUCCCUGUGAAGUGGCACAUUGUUAAGGAUGUUCCGAACACUUCGUUGAGGCACAUAAUCCUUAAGAACAAUGAGAACAAGCCUGUCACUAAUAGUAGAGACACCCAAGAGGUUAAUUUUGUGCAAGGGAUUCAAAUCCUCAAAAUCUUAAAGGAACAUUCCAGCAAGACAUGCAUUCUCGACGAUUUUGCAUUCUACGAGAACCGUCAAAAGAUCAUUCAAGAGAAAAAGGCCAAGCAUCGUCUUUUACAGAAACAGGUCUCGAAUGAGGAGUCUAAUGAUGAUGCUGUACCCGAUAACAAAGGAACUGCAGCAGUAGCAAAGGAGACUUCGGAAAGGUCAACAGUUGCAUAGACGGCGAACGGGGAUGUGCAAGCCGUAGAAGAGAAAGGAUCAGUCGCUGCAACCGAAGCCAGGAAACCGGUUUGCGUGGCAAGUGCUUGCUGAAUCUGGGAACAAGGGUUGUAGUUAUGGUUUGGGACUGGUCUUUCUAACUUAUUCCUUAGAAUGUAGGAAUAGGUAAAAUGCAUCUUACAGUAUGAAAACCAUUAUGGGCAGAAUGUAAUUUGCUCAUUAGCCUUCUGUCUUUCCUUUUUGGUCAUUUUCUUGUUUUUUCUCCCUUCGUUUUUCUUGAUGAGAAAG